AUGUUGUCUGUACACAAUCAUGAUGACGAUGAUGAUAAUGAUAAUGAUACCAUCAGUGACCGCCAAAGUAAUCUGGAUCAACAGGUAAACAAACUUUUAAUCGACCAAGCGGCUCAGCUUAUUGAAGCUGCCGACAUUCUUCUCAUUGCCACUGGCGCUGGCUUUUCGGCAGAUUCCGGAUUGCCCACCUAUUCGGAUGUGGCGCAGAAUCCAAUUUACCAAGCCUUGGGCAUUGAUUAUGGUGAUUUGUGUCGGAUACAAUGUUUGAAGGAAAAUCCAAAACUAUUCUAUGGGUUUUGGGGUACCUGCUUCAACAUGUAUCAACGGCAAGUCCAACCGCAUUCUGGCUAUCAACUACUCAAAACAUGGUGCGACGAAAAGCAAGUCCGAUUGGACCAGCGACGAAAGAGGCAACAGCAGCAACAGCAACAGCAAGAGCAACAUACUAAUGGAGAUUCCAUUGACAAACCCAAGAGUGCCUACUAUCUAUAUACGAGUAAUGUGGAUGGGCAUUUCCGUCUCGCAGGGUUUUCAAACGAAUGGCUGCAUGAGGUUCAUGGUGCCAUUGAUACUUGGGUGCCCGCAAUCAUCCUUGACGACAAUGAUUCCAAUGAUUAUGAUGAUGCGUCUGAGAAUAAGCAACAGUAUCCAGUUCCUGAUUCCUAUUCCUUUCCCAUUGAUGCCGAAACGCUGCUUGGUCCUUCACCGGAGGCAUUGCGAGAGAGUAUCAUUCCACCAAAGGACAACAACGACGAUAUGUCAAUGUCGUCCUGCAGGUUGCGACCAAGAGUCCUCAUGUUUGACGAUGGUUUUCCAUCGCAUACCCAAAUGGGUCUAGAUACAAGUUGCGAACGGUAUCAAGCAUGGGAAAGUACCAUGGAGUCCGCCAUGGAGGCCAGCCAUUGCAAUACGACAAGCAGUGACGACGACAACGGUAUGAAACUUGUAAUUUUGGAAAUUGGGUGUGGAAUCCGAGUGCCCAGUGUCCGCAUCGAAUGUCAAGAUGUCCUUUGUGAUACUGCUGGAAGAUGUUAUCAAAGGAGUAGCAGUACCAGUGCGGAUGAUUCUCGUCCUAGUUGUUCUUUGAUUCGUAUUAAUCCCGAUCAUGAAUCCAUUGAGCAUGUUCCACCAAAUGCAACUGGCGUGAGCAUUCGAGGAAAAGCUUUGGAGACACUGCAAGCGAUUCAAGAAAGGAUAAAUAUACUCAAGAAGAAGUGA